AGGAAGCCAGUCUGAAUUAGGAAAUCAACUUACACACAACCACCUAUACCUAUACCUAUAAAUUAAGACCAAUUCUUCUCAAAUUCAUUCCCCUUGAUAUGGCCAACUUUCGCUACUUAAUUCGACACUUCACUCGUGCUACCUUAAACAACGACUUCACCAACAACGUUUUCAAAAUCCAUGUGAUGUUUUCUCAUACUCCCGAUCUGAGCCGCUGGCCGUAUAUAAGAAGGGAUGCCUUCCGCCGCUUGUCUGCUCGACGCUAUAUUGUCCCUCGUCAAGAUUUACUAUCGGAUCACCUUGGUCCUACAAUCGUUUCUCUCAUACUCGCUUCCACAGGCCUCUCUCCUCAAGAUACUGAAUCAAUCGCAUCUCCCUUUAUGUGCCUCGCAAGAGAGAUAGAUAGCGACCCCGUCAAUAAGGACGCUAGAGUUUUAAUUAUCGCCGUAUUGGUUGUAAUUGCGGACGAUGAACAAAGAAUUCUUGAAGAGUCGUUCACGCAACCUGUUCCGACAAGUAUUCCCACCAGUAAAGAAGCUAUUCAGAAGCUGGAAAAAGUGAGGGCUGAAGAUUGUGCAGAGUUGAUGAGGGAGCUGUGCGCCGUUUGUUUGGAAGAUUUUCAGUUUGACUUUGAGAAUGUGCAGUUGCCGUGUGGACAUGUUUAUCAUAAGGACUGCAUCGUCAGGUGGCUGGAGGUUAGUAAUAUGUGUCCUCUGUGCCGGCACCGGUUGCCGUGUUCUGAGAAUUAGGGCAAACUUCAAGUUUGGUUUCAAAUUGUUUCCUUCUGAGUUGUUGUUUUUGUAAAUCAUAUUAGGAAAUUAAUUAUAUUUAUCUUCUACACAUAAAA